AUGAUCUUGUCAAAGAUUUGGUCCGCCAGCGCGGCUCUGGUCACCGUCGUCGGCGCCGCCCCCGCCUCCACCGUCAACUACAAGAACACCACCAGUAGCAAAGACCACUACGCCAACCACGUCUUCCUCGCCGCCUCUGCACUGCAGGGUUUCUGGUACAGCAAUAGCACCGGCCUCUGGGACAAUGCGUGGUGGAACAGCGGCAACGCGCUGACCACCCUCGCCGACUGGGCCCGGCUGCGGCCCGCUGACGCCAAGCGCCUGAAAAUCGCCGACAUCAUUCGCAACACGUGGACGCAGGCGCAAAAGGUCAGCGUCGUCACGACCAAGACGCAGAUGAGCGACGGCAUGGUGAGGACCCAAGACUGCGUCAACGGCCAAGGCACUGGGUGCGGUGCCGCCGCAGCGGCCGGCCUCCAAUCGCGCGCCUUCCGCGACUUCAUCAACGAGUACUACGACGACGAGGGCUGGUGGGCGCUCGGUCUCAUCCACGCCUACGACUACACGCACUGCCAAGAGUACCUCGACUCGGCCGUGCGCAUAUUCAACGACAUGCAGGGUGGUGGCGGCACCAACUGCAGCGGCGGCAUCUACUGGAGCAAGGAGCGCACGUACGUCAACGCCAUUGCCAACGAGCUCUACCUGUCCGUCGCCGCCGCGCUCGCCAACCGCGUCCCGAGCGACAAGGACAUGUACACGCGCAUUGCGAAAUUGCAGUGGACGUGGUUCGCCAAGAGCGGCAUGAUCAACGCCGACAACCUCAUCAACGACGGCCUCGACAGCCAGUGUCGCAACAACCGCGCGCAUACUUGGACGUAUAACCAGGGCGUCGUGCUGGGUGGCCUGGUCGAGCUGUACAAGGCCACUGGGAACCACGACUACCUUCACCGUGCCAACAGCCUCGCGGCUGCGUCGAUGAAGAAGCUGGUCAAUGGCAACGGCAUUCUGGUAGACGGAUGCGAGCACAACGACGGUCACUGUGGCGCGGAUGGUGCACAGUUCAAGGGCGUCUAUGCCCGCAACCUGCGCUACCUCAACGACGUUGCGCCCAGCCGCAACAUCAAGAAGUUCCUCACACACAACGCUGAUUCCAUCUGGAGCAAGGACCGCGACGAGGAUAGUAACAAGUUGGGUGUUGCAUGGGACGGCCCGCUUUAUAAACCCAUUGGGAAUGCGCACAGCAGCGCCAUGGAUGCCUUAGUGGGAGCUGUGGCUGUCGCAUGA